AUGGGUUUGCGGGUUGUUCAGAUGGGUCUGCGUGUGUGGGAGUUCGUAUGGACUCUCCUCAUCAUGUCCCUCGUCGGUAACAUGAUCAACGAGGCCUUCGCCGGUAACCCCAGUUCCGUCAACUAUACCAUGUUCCUGUCGGCAUUCUCGAUGCUUUCACUCUUCUACCUGAUCCCUGCUUCGAUCAGCGAUACCUGGGCCUUCCACCCAAUCCUCGUGAUCAUCGUUGAUGUCCUCAACAACAUUUUCUUCUUCUGCGCGGCCAUCGCGCUUGCCGCAAAGCUGGGGGCGCACUCCUGCAGUAACUCGUCAUAUACCCUUCACAACGAAAUUACCAAUGGUUCCCAUAACCGAUCCAAGCGUUGUCGGGAGGCUCAGGCCGUUACUGCCUUCUUGUGGUUCGCCUGGGCUGGAUAUAUGGCGUCGACUGUUGUCUCGAUCUUCUCCUCUCGCGCAUCCAAUGUAAACCUGCGCGGUCGUAGCGGAUCUCGCCGCACUGCUGGUGGACGACCCAGCAUGGCUCAGGUCUAA